UUCGUUUCUAUUUACGAUAUUCGUUUCUAUUUACGAAUAACACAAAAAUAACAUUAUUUGUCUAUUUUGUUUUACAACGUCGGGUUCAAAUGACACACCAGUAACUCAAAACGGGUCAACGGGUCAACGGGUCCGAUCCAUUUCCCAAACCGUAAUACACCAAAACCAGUUCACAAUCCCCCAUUGACACAACCAGCAAGCUCCAAAUCAAAGAGAUCUGGAACGAUGUUUCUUCGGAGGUUUGCGCGGCCAUCAUCACUGAUGAUGAUGGCGAAGGUGAAGGAAACAACGGGGAUCGUAGGUCUGGAAGUGGUCCCCAACGCACGGGAGGUGUUAAUCGGUCUAUACAACAAAACCCUAACCGAGAUCCAGCAAGUACCGGAGGACGAAGGCUACCGUAAGGCCGUCGAGAGCUUCACGCGCCACCGCUUGAAGGUGUGCGAAGAGGAAGAGGAUUGGGAGGUUAUUGAGAAGCGCCUUGGUUGUGGUCAAGUUGAAGAGCUUAUUGAAGAGGCUCAGGAUGAACUCAAACUCAUUGAUAAAAUGAUCGAGUGGGACCCAUGGGGUGUACCUGAUGACUAUGAAUGUGAAGUAGUUGAAAACGACGCUCCGGUUCCAAAACACGUGCCACUGCACCGGCCCGGUCCUCUUCCCGAGGAGUUCUACAAGACGUUGGAUGCUAUCAUGACCAGAAAAUUAGACGCUCCCCCCAAGAAAGAUGAGCCCGUGAUCUCGUCAACUUCUCAAUAAGCAUGAGCCCUGCUGGUUCGGGUAUUUGGGCUUUGUUUCAUUAUUUUGAGUUAAAGGUUCGUUUCUAUUUAUAGAAAGCUGAAUCUUUACCUUUAAAGAAUUGCUGUUCGUGUUUUAUCUAAAUAUUAUCUUGUCAGCCCUUGAAUUUAGGAGUUUAAUAAACAUAAAUUCUGAGGAUAAUUUGGCAUAAAAAAUUUAUGAAAAUGAUCUUUGUUUCUGA